GGGAGCAGGGAGGGACGGGGGGAGGAUAAAAACCUCUCGGGGAGCCCCAGCACCGCCUCCCCGGGCGCUCCCGGAGCCCGCAGCCGGUCCCGCAGAGGCAGCUCCGGGCCCCGAGCUCGCAGGAUGGUGUCCGUCAUUCUCGAGGUGGCGUGCAGCCUGGUGGCCUGGCUGUCCCUGUAUGCUGCCUGCUGCCGCUGGCACAAGCACCGCUCCUGGGAGUGGAGCUGCCGCUUGGUCACCCUGCUGCACGGGGUGGCUGUCACCUGCCUCUCGGGCUACGUUGCUCUUCUGGAUGGGCCCUGGCCUCUGACCCAUGCAGGUUCACCAAACACACCUCUUCAGAUCCACGUGCUGGCCCUGACCUUGGGUUACUUCAUCUUUGACCUGGGCUGGUGCCUGUAUUUCCAGACAGAGGGGGACCUCAUGCUGCUCCACCACACGCUGAGCAUCUGUGGCAUGAUCAUGGUGCUGGGGCUCGGCAAGUCUGCUACGGAAGUCAAUGCAGUUGUUUUUGUUAGCGAGAUCACCAACCCCCUGCUGCAGGCCCGCUGGUUUCUGCGGGAAAUGGGCCGCUACCACACCUUGCUGGGAGAGGUGGUGGAUUUCUUCUUCGUGCUCCUCUUCCUGGUGCUGCGCAUCGCGGGGGGAGCUCUGAUCAUGUACGCGAUGCUGGCGUCCCCUCAGCCCAGCUGGCUCCUCAAGGCUGGGGGCCUGGCCAUGUACCUUGUAUCUCUGGGGUUCAUGGUUGAGAUCUGCCACUUUGUGAGGAGGAAAAUGUUGAAGAAAUUCCCUUCCUGGACAAGCCUGAGGAGUGUGAAUGCCCCUGUGAAAACGAAUGGGCACCUGACAGCUCACUAAUGGUGGUUGUGGAAGGGGCCCUUGGGGUAGCUUCUGGCUCCUGAGGCCCAUUUCGGUGACAAGAACUCCUGAAAGUGGCACAGAAUUGGCUUUUGAGCACUUGCAGCUUUCUGCCACCCACAGAGAAGAUGAAUCAGGUGUGCAGAAAAGCUGAUAGAAAGGGGAUUUAAGUGGAAAUGUGAGGAGUUUAGCAUGUCUGCUGACCUGUGGUUCCCUGCCUUCUCCAGCAGUGGUGCAGCCUUUAGCAGCACACUAAUGCUGGGCCUAACUGGUCUGCAACUAGGGUGUAGGGCCAGCAAGUCUAAUCAGGAAAAUUCCAUCCCCUUGUUGGUGGAACCGGGUAGGGGGGUGACCUAACCAGGAUUUACUCAGCCUCACUCUUCCCUAAUCCAGAAAUUGGACCAAGUGCUUGGAAGAAAGCUUGCGAACCAGAGAGAAGUGCUUGUAGGGGUACAGUGGAAUUGUCCUCUGUGUGAAGCGAUGGCACUUGAGGGUGAGGCAAUGUUUUACCUCAUUGUUUUUAAUGAUACAUUUCUUUUUUUAUUAUUAUUUAAAUACUUGCAUUCAAGCAGAUAUUGAUCUUAGAGCACUGUGACUUCCCUGAGUUUGACUCUGGCACUUACAAGGCCCUGUUCCUUGCAAACAGGAAUCCAGAAUUAGACUUGUGCUGAUAAACUCCAUAAGCAGGUGUUUACCUAGUCUUGGAUUAUUAUUUUUCUUUAAGUAGGCACUUCUUGUGUGAGAGAUGAUAGAUCAGAGUCCUCUCUGGCUGCUCUCUGUUCUGGGACUGACUUAUUACAGACCACUUAAGCUGAAUGCGAGGCCAACAAGAGUCCAGCAAGUGCCUAUGUUUUCAGUGGUGACAGUGACAUUUAGGCAGAUCUCAGUGUAACAUCUGCUCCAUACCAGCAGGUCUCAGAGUAUGGACCAGUUCUAUUGUUGUCUUUACCUCUCAGAAUUGUGUUCUGACUUUCUCCUGGGGUUUUAAUGUGAAUUUCCCUCAUUCUGAGGCUGCAAUUCAGAUCUCCACCCUCCCAUAAAAGCCUUGUUUACAGCUGGAAAACAAAUGGCCUUGAGUUCCCCUCAGGCUUAGCGAGGCUGGUUGCCUUUCCUUCCCUCCUGCUUUUGAAGACUUUACUGAGAAGAGCAUCUUCAUGGAGCUAGGGAGCCCUGAGGCUGCUUGUGUGGCACUUUCUCUUCCUGCUGCAAAGCCACAGGAGGGGAGCGGUGGCAGUGCUGCUGUGGUGGGGUGGUCCCACCAGCUCCAUACCUCCUGUCCUGUGUGGUGCUGAUACCUGCCUCAGCUGGGGGCUGCAGGAAGGUGUCUGGAGAGAUUAAAUGGCAUGAAGUAACUUUAGAGGUGCCCCCUGAAUGCAUUGCAGUUGUGAAUCCAGGCAAGGAAGCAGGUUAAUAUGGUCAGAAAGGCAGGAGGCUUGCACUCCUGAUGGGUCUCCAGUGUAGCUGUGGGGGCCUGGCGAGGUGGCAGCUCUUGGAGUCACUGUGGUCUUGUGAAAACUCCCCUGAGUGAUGAGAAUUCCAAUAAAGUUAUGUUCUCUUC